AUGGCUUGGGCAGCGAAGACGGCAUGUGCCGUCGUGGCUUUGGCUGCUAUUGCACAGACCACACCUCUAGAUAAACAUAUCCAAGCUCGCCGUCUAUUGGGUUCUUCCUUUGGUAUGCCAGGUGAUGAUGCUACUUAUGACUACGUUGUUGUUGGAGGUGGAAACGCCGGUUUAGCUCUUGCUACGCGCCUCGUCGAACAGAAGGCUGGUACGGUUGCAGUUAUCGAAGCUGGGUCAUUUUUUGAGAUCGACAACAGCAACCUUAGUCAAGUACCAGCUCAAGCAGGUGCUUUUGCUGGGAAGGGUGACCACGAUUGGCAACCUUUGAUCGACUGGGGCUACAUGACAGCUCCUCAAGCUGGUGCAAAUAAUGAUUCGAUUCAUUAUGCUCGUGGUAAAGGACUUGGUGGUUGCUCAUCCAGGAACUACAUGGUAUACCAGAGAGGAACCAAGUCAUCCUAUAGCAUGUGGGCCGACCAAGUAGGAGAUGAUAGUUACCAGUGGGACAACUUCUUGCCGUACUUCCAGAAGAGCGUUAACUUCACUGCCCCGAACAUGGAAUUGAGGUCUUCCAACUCAACACCCGAGUAUGAUAUAAAUGCUUUCAGCACUAGCGAUGGACCACUUUCUGUGACUUUCGCCAAUUAUGCGCAAGCCUUUGGAACUUGGGCGCAGAAGGGCCUCGAACAGAUCGGUCUCUCUGUGAUCCCCGGUUUCCAAAGCGGUUCUCUCCUCGGCCAAUCAUACAGCAUGUUCACUAUCAACCCACAAACCGGGGUGAGAGACUCGUCCGAGACAUCUUUCCUUCAGAAGGCACUUAAUUACCCCGAAUACAUAGUAUAUCAGUCAGCUAUGGCUAAGAAGAUUGUUUUUGACGGUACUACGGCGACAGGUGUACUCGUCGACACAGAAGGCUUCGAAUAUACCAUAUCUGCCAGGAAAGAAGUCAUCCUUUCGGCCGGUGUAUUCGGUUCGCCUCAACUAUUACAAGCUUCCGGAGUUGGCCCUGAAGACCUCCUUAAAGAGCUUGGCAUUCCAGUUGUAGCUAACCGACCAGGUGUUGGCGAGAAUAUGCAGGACCACCUCUACUUUGGUCUUACUCACGCAGUUAAUGCUCCUACAAUUUCCAGUCUCUCCAACCCGGCUUUUGCUGCCGCCGCUGCCGCUGAGUUCAACGAGCGCGGAGGCGGUAUGUACUCCAAUCCCACAACUGACACUUUCGGAUGGGAAAAGGUCCCUGAGCCUCUCCGCUCUGAAAUUUCUAACGGCACCCUGGGCGUUUUAAACAGCUACCCUGAAGACUGGCCUGAGCUGGAAUAUGUUUCCCUCGGUGCUUAUAUUGGUGACCAAGAAGACUCCCGACACGGUGCCCCUACCGAUGGCCGCAACUAUGGUUCAAUGGUUGUCGUACUCAUCACACCACAGUCCCGAGGUACCGUCAAGAUCACUUCACCCGAUACCAGCGUUCAGCCGGAAAUCAACCCGAACUUCCUUGUCAACCGCGCAGAUCAGGAGGUGGUAAUCGCAGGAUUCAAGCGCGCCCGUGAAUUCUGGAACACAGAUGCCAUGUCCAACUUUUCUAUCGCUGAUGAGGUAUACCCUGGUCUCGACGUUAAGACGGACAGCCAGAUCCUAGAAGCUAUUAAGAAGAGCUACAACACCAUCUAUCACGGAUCAUGCACUUGCGCCAUGGGUCCCAAGGACAACGAGAUGUCGGUCGUAGAUAAUACGGCAAAGGUUAUCGGUGUUCAAAACUUGCGAGUUGUUGAUGCAUCCGCUUUCCCUCUUCUGCCUCCCGGUCACCCUAUGGCGACAAUCUAUGCCCUCGCUGAAAAGAUCGCCUGUGACAUAUCAGGCAACUGCUGA